AUCUUCGAGUGCAACUCGACGAGCGGGUGCGACGAGAGCUGCUUCAACCGCGUGGUGGGGCGCGGCAUCUCCCUCCCGCUGCAGGUCUUCAAGACGGUCGGCCGCGGCUGGGGCGUGCGGUCGCGCAACCCAAUCCGCGCGGGCACCUUCGUGUGCGAGUACACGGGCGUGAUGCUGCGCGACGAAGACGCGGAGGCGGCCGGGCUCGAGGUGGGCUCUAGUGAGUUGUUGACGUCGCACGAGGGGCCGAGCGGCGUCGACGCGAGGACGCAGGACAACCCCGAGCUCUGCGUCGACGCUUCGCGCACUGGCAGCGUCGCGCGCUUCGUCAACCACUGCUGCGACCCGAACCUGUUUUCGGUCUUUGUCGAGUAUUCGCGCCACGUGCACCGCAUCGCCCUCUUCGCCGCGCGCGACAUCCUCGCGUACGAGGAGCUCACCUACGACUACGGCUACGUCGUCGGAUCGGUGCAGGACAAGACGCUCGCCUGCCUCUGCGGCGCCGCGAACUGCCGCGGAACCCUUGUGUGA